UGUCUAUGAUUCCUGUAUCUGUAGUUUAGUGGACUUUUGUAACUACUGUUUACAGUUCCAGUGAAUAUUCAACAACUGCUUUAUUAUUCUUUGUAACUUAAUCUAGGGAGAUUAAGCGAUUCCAAGAAUUUAUAAUUGUUCUGAAAGGGAAUUAGAUUUCAUAAUGGGUGGAGUUACUUCUCUAGUUGCUUACGGCUCCGGAAUCUUAAAGCUUCAUUUCAGUGCAUGAAUCAAAGAAGGUGAUGUCCUUGCGACAUUCAGAGAGCAAGCAACCCUUGAAGCCCGAACGGCAAUGGAAUCAAAACAUCUGCUUGCCUUCUUUUUGCUGGCCAGCAUUCCCGGAGGAAAAUGCUGCUUGAAAAAUCGAAGGGAAGUCAACAAAUCUCAAGCACAUGAACUAGUUGCAGUGGAAAAACUGAACUUACUCUCAAAGAAUAUCACGGAGGAGCUACAGGGCGAUCAAGAGGACCAAGUGCGUUACCUGUUGCGGAUUGAAGGCAAAGAAUGGCUGUUGCACCUCACAAAGGCACGAGACCUACUGGCUGAGACCUAUAGUGAAACCCACUACUUACCAGAUGGAUCCAUGGUAACCAAGACUCGCCACCAACUUGACCACUGCUGUUACACUGGGUUUGUUCAGGGAGUUGAGGAGUCCUCAGUGUCGCUUUGCACCUGCCAGGGUCUCAGUGGGUACAUCUUGAUGGGAGACCGGGAGUACAUCAUUGAUCCAGUGAACAAUGGCACUGAGAUGCACAAAGUGAGCCGGACACCGCAUGUACGGACGAAGAGGCACCUCUCCCACUCCUACUCGCCACCUCUGACUCACACCAAUCUCAGCAUUGAACUCUACUUGGUGGCUGACAGAGAGGAGUUUCAGCAGAAUGGGGAGGACCUCAGAAAGACACAGGAGCGUUUAAUUACUCUUGCACAUUAUGUCAAUCAGAUUUACCAACAGCAGUUAAAUAUCCAGAUUUUUCUAGUUGGGAUUGAAGUCUGGACAGUCAAAAACAAGGUUGGCUCCAGUGAAGAUACAGCUGAGGCUCUGGAAAACUUCAUGCAGUGGAGAACCAGGGAGCUGGUGCCAAGGAAGCACCACGACAAUGCCCAGCUUGUCAGUGGUGUGCCUUUUCAGAGGUCUGUGGGACAAGCCUACCUCAGCGAGAUGUGCUCGAAGGAGAGAAGUGGAGGAGUUGUCAAGGACGACCAGGAUAACAUCAGAGAGGUGGCUAAGUACGUUGCUCAUGAGAUGGGUCACAAUCUGGGAAUGCGUCACGAUAGACCUACUUGCCACUGCCCUGUCACCUCUGGGGCAUGCUUACUGGCGAAAAGUAUUGAGUCAACAAUGAAUCCAAUAUUCAGUGAUUGCAGUAAGGAAUUUCUGAACAACUUCUUGAGAAGUUUUGACGUCAGUUGUUUGAAGGAUCAGCCAGCCACCUCCUUGAAUAUCACAGUGGCAUUAAUAAAGGAAAGCAGUUCGAUGAAUUUGAAGAUUGGUGUCAUCGCCUCUGCUUCAGUGGUACUUUUCAUCUUCGUGGCCAUGGAUAUAUUGCUCUUCCUGAAACACAGAAGACAAGAAAACCGCACGAGCAGCAUUCCGCACGUUUCUAACCAUCUCCUUCCGCAAAGCAUCGUCUAAUUAAAGAACUGCAAGUGAUGUAAAGGGGGCAAGCUCACACCAUCAUUUCAAAAGAAUUGAUUCAAUGAGCCAAUAAUCAUUCUUUUACUACCUCAUCAGAUAAGGCAGCAGAGCAUCAAACCAUUCACUCACACUGAUCUCAGAGAGGCGUGACACAGAGAAAAGAUUUCUGCCCUCGAGUUUGCUCCACUAAUGUAAAGAUAUAUUGUCAAAGUGUAUGAACUGUCGUUGCUAACCAUGAGGGAGAAUUUUUUAGGAAGUAUCUGAAUGUUUGAAUCAUUCAUAAUGGAAUAUUUAAUAAUACGGUAGUGCCAAAACGGUUUGAUCCAAUACGCAUCACAGGGGUAUAGUUGCUGUUCAUCCCACUCCCAUCAGGGAGGAGGCUAUGGAGCACACAUGCCGGGACCACCAGACUCAAAAAACAAUUACUUUCUCCAAGCAGUAAGGCUGGCCAACAACUCCAGCCACUAACCCACCCCUCCACUACUUCAUCAUUUCCUGUCAGGGUCACCUGUGGUUGGACACCCCUGUGCUUGGCAUCACUUUAUGGGCAUAAAAUCAAUCUAUGUAUAGAAGCUAUCUCAUGUAUUUAUAUUUAUUGUGUUUUUUUUUUAUUAUUGUGUCCUUUAUUGUGUUUUUUUUGUUAUGUAUUGGAUCUGGAAUAACAAUUAUCUUGUUCUCCUUUACACGUGUGUACUGGAAAUGACAUUAACAAUCUUGAAUCUUAAAGAUUGGAAACAUCCCUAGUAUGUGUAUUGAACCAAAAUGAUUUUGCACUAUCUGCUAUUAGUCUGUUAUGAAUGAAUUGCUAGAGAAAGAAACAUUCAGAUUUUUCAAAAAAAAAGACAAAAUGUGAAGAAUUUGAUAUUUUUUUUACAAUGGAUAAGAAACUAAUAGAUUUUAAUGUACAGAGGGACCUUGAGGUAUUUGUUCACAUGAUGCAGAUGCCUAUGAAACAGUGGGCGCAGAAUUAGGCCAUUUAGCCCAUCGAGUCUGCUCUGCCAUUCAAUCAUGGCUGUUUUGUUAUCCCUCUCAACCCCAUUCUCUGGCCUUCACCCCAUAACCUUUGACAUCCUUACUAAACAAGAACCUAUCAACCUCUGUUGUAAAUAUACCCAAUGACGUGGUCUCUACAGCUAUCAGUGGCAAUGUAUUCCACAGAUUCACCAACUUCUGGCUCAAAAACUUCCUACUCAUCACUCUCCUAAAGGGAAUGUCUUUCUAUGUUGAGCAUUCAGUUAAAACAAGCAAUUAUUCAGUGUGUGUGGACUACAGGAAGUCUUGCUGCAGCUGUAUAGCCUUUGGCGAGAUCCAACCUGGAGUACAAAAAGAAGGAUAUGCUUGCUUCUGGGGAAGCAUGGCACAGAUAGAUUCCUCAAAGUUGCCACGCCGGUUGAUAGGAUGGUUAAAAAAGCCAAUAGUAUAUUGGCCUUCAUUAGUUAGAGGGCUGAGUUCAAGACUUGUGAGAUAAUAUUGUAGCUCUAUAAAACCCUGGUUAGACCAAACUUGGCAUGUUGUGCUCAGUUCUGGCCACCUCAAUACAGGAAGGAUAUGGAAGCUUUAGAGAGGGAGCAGAGAAGAUUUGCCAGGAUGCUGCCUGGAUUAGAGAGCCUAAGUUAUAGGUUGAGUGAACUAGAGCUUUUCCCUUUGGAGUGAAAGAGGAUGAGUGGUGACUUGAUAGAGGUGUAUAAGAUGAUAAGAGGCAUUGAUCAAAUGCACAGGUAGAGACUGCUCCCAGAGAGCAAAUGGUUAAUAAUUUUAGGGAAAUUGGAAGAAAGUAUGGGGGGGAGGUCAGAGGUCAGAUUUUUUACACAGAAUGUGACAACUGCAUUAACGUCCUACUGGGGUGGUGAGCACUCUUCCCUCUAAGCUGGGCUGUUGCAUGGCUGCAUGGUGGCUGCAAUGUUCCUACGCACAUAGCCUUUGUUGCCAUGCAGCUGGAAUUUUUUUUUAUAAUGUUAUUAUAAAAUGCCACACACUUUUCAGGCCACGUAAAAAUUUCCUGCUCAGAGCAAGGGUUGGUCCACUCAGCUGUUUAAAAAAAAUCUAGAGGGAAUGUUGGUGUUGACAGAUAGGGAUAUACACUCAAUAGCCACAUUAUUAGCUAUAAAAUAAAGUGGCCACCGAGUGUACGUCCUUGGCCUUCUGCUGCUGUAGCCCAUCCAUUCGAGUUUUGACGUUGUUGUAUAUUCAGAGAUGUUCUUCUACACACCACUGUUGUAAUAUAUGGUUACUUAAAUUACUAUUGCCUUCUUGUCAUCUUGAACCAGUCUGGCCAUUCUCCUCUGACCUCUCAUUAAGAAGGCAUUUUCUCCCACAGAACUGCCAUUCACUAGAUAUUUUUUGUUUCUUACAUCAUUUUCUGUAAACUCUGGAGACUUUGGAUGCUCAUUCAUUGAUUAAAUUCCGUGUCUUUGGAGAAAUUGGGUUUUAAGAAUGGAUGGAAAUUGGAAUUAGAUAGUCAGGUGGAUUGGAGGGUCAAAAUUAGUCAUGAUUUCACUGGAUAGCAGGUAAUUUGCAACACACACAGAAUGCUGGAGAAACUCAACAGGCCAGGCAACAUCUAUGGGAAAGAGUGAAUAGUCGACGUUUCAAGCCGAGACCCUUCAGCAGGACUUUAUUCUUUCCCAUAGAUGCUGAGUUCCUCCAGCAUUUUGUGUGUGUUGCUUGGAUUUCCAGCAUCUGCAGAUUCUCUCCUGCUUGUGUCAGGCAAUGUUGAAUGGCUUAUGCUUGGCUGGAUUUCUCACGUUCUCAAUUCAAUAAAAUGUGAAUUUCAGAGAAGAAGUAAGGUCAUACCUCAGUUUCGACUUUCUUGUUUGGAUACUGUGAAUCUUAUUUCUAUAAAUGUAAAUAAUUGUUUAACCAGACUUACUACUUCAUUACAAUACAAACAUAAUGUUGGAAUCAGUUGUUUUUUUAUGCUUUCAAUGAGAUCUUCAUUGAAGUAAUGCAAGACUAAAAUCGUGGUAUUUACAAACUCUAUUUGCAGUUUUAAAAAUUAGUAUAUUUUAAACAAUGUGCUGUGUUGUCUCCACGUAUUGGUGGGAAAGAGGUAUAGCAGAUACAUAACAAUUGUCAUCUUUUUCAUUUUUCACUGGCUAAGCAUUAGCACAUAACACAUGUGCUCUGACUGUGUCUCUUAAUUGGUCAGCACUUAUCUCAGGGGUGUUUCUUUAGUGAAGUAUAAAAGUGCCAGUUUUUGUAAAGGUGCCAUCUUUGUGUCUUUGUUUUUUUUUUGUCUGCCUUAGUUUCAUAUACUCUGUAUCUGUUCUUUUGUUUAAACUGUUAAAUAAAUUAUCAUAAAGCAACAAGUUUUCACUCAUUCUUGGACACCUAAAAGAACCUGGGGAUCAGAAACAUCACCAAGGUCCCACAACAGUCA